GGGGGCGGCGGAGGCGCGGGGCCUGGGCUGUCCGCGUCUCCUGGGCGGGGUGCGCGCCCGGCGCCCAGCUUUGUUUCGCUUUCGCUGUCAGAGGCCGCCACCCCGUCUCCUGCCGCCGACUGGACCGGAGGAGGACGGGCCUCUGCGUGGCGCGGCUUCCCACCCCCCUGGCACAGUGGGGGGCGCCGGGAUCCCGACGCCUCGGUCCGAGUGGGACGUGGGGAGUGAUACCCGAGGAUGUGGGUGCCCAGGUGCCAGGUGACGCGCUAGGAACCGCUGCUGCUGGCUGAACUCAAGCCCGGGCGCCCCCACCAGUUCGAUUGGAAGUCGAGCUGUGAAACCUGGAGCGUUGCCUUCUCCCCGGAUGGUUCCUGGUUCGCCUGGUCUCAAGGACACUGCAUCGUCAAGCUGAUCCCCUGGCCGCUGGAGGAGCAGUUCAUCCCUAAAGGGUUUGAAGCCAAAAGCCGAAGCAGCAAAAAUGACACAAAAGGGCGAGGCAGCCCGAAGGAGAAGACGCUGGACUGUGGGCAGAUUGUCUGGGGCUUGGCCUUCAGCCCGUGGCCUUCUCCACCUAGCAGGAAGCUCUGGGCACGCCACCACCCCCAAGUGCCAGAUGUCUCUUGCCUGAUCCUUGCUACAGGGCUCAAUGAUGGGCAGAUCAAGAUUUGGGAGGUCCAGACAGGGCUCCUGCUUUUGAAUCUUUCUGGCCACCAAGACGUCGUGAGAGAUCUGAGCUUCACACCCAGUGGCAGUUUGAUUCUGGUCUCUGCGUCUCGAGAUAAGACUCUGCGCAUCUGGGACCUGAAUAAGCAUGGUAAACAGAUUCAGGUGUUAUCAGGCCACCUGCAGUGGGUUUACUGCUGCUCCAUCUCACCAGACUGCAGCAUGCUAUGUUCUGCGGCCGGAGAGAAGUCGGUCUUUCUGUGGAGCAUGCGGUCCUACACGUUAAUCCGGAAGCUAGAGGGCCACCAAAGCAGCGUUGUCUCUUGUGACUUCUCCCCCGACUCUGCCUUGCUUGUCACGGCUUCUUACGAUACCAAUGUGAUCAUGUGGGACCCCUACACUGGCGAGAGGCUGAGGUCACUCCACCACACCCAGCUCAGCCCCCCCAUGGAUGACAGUGAUGUCCACAUAAGCUCCCUGAGAUCUGUGUGCUUCUCCCCCGAAGGCUUGUACCUCGCUACAGUGGCAGAUGACAGGCUCCUCAGGAUCUGGGCUCUCGAACUGAAAACUCCAAUUGCAUUUGCUCCUAUGACCAAUGGUCUUUGCUGCACAUUUUUUCCACAUGGUGGAGUUAUUGCCACAGGGACAAGGGAUGGCCAUGUCCAGUUCUGGACAGCUCCUAGGGUCCUGUCAUCACUCAAGCACUUAUGCCGGAAAGCCCUUCGAAGUUUCCUGACAACGUACCAAGUGCUAGCACUGCCAAUCCCCAAAAAGAUGAAAGAGUUCCUCACGUACAGGACUUUUUAAGCCAUUCUCCAUAGUCUUGUUUUCCUUGUAGCAGGAUGAAUCUUCCUGACAAAGGAGUAGCCGGAGUAAUGGGCCAAACAUCUGGUCGUGGAUGGAAAUAGAAUUUCUCUUUGGGAUUGUGAAUAGAAUGUAGCAAAACCAGAUUCCAGGGGAUCCGUCACGGGUCUUUUCUCCGUGACAUGUGAGAGUCAGUCAGAGAAGAGGGGAUUCCACUCCCGAGGUGACAGAGCCUGAGGACCUUGACUCUUUAGCCCACCUACACACGGCAGUGCCGUUUUGAUUCAGAAUGCCGUAGCUGAGAGGAGCACCUGGGCUUUGAGCCCCUCUGUGGUAACAGAGAAGUUUCAACUCCCUUGACUGGGUGUGGCUUCUUCCAAGUGUCCAUCUCCCACUAGUCAGAGUGGCCUUGGCCUGGGCAAGUGCUUGCCUUCCUCUCGCCCCCUCUGACGGUCUGCUGGGAGGUAUUACUUAGCUUAACGAAGUACAGGUGACUCAGAGGCCGUGCUCCUGACAGACACUAGAAUUGGGUUUUUUUUUUUGUUUUGUUUUGUUUUUUAAACAAUGGUGUGCAUGUGCAGGAGGUGGCAGAUUUGUGUGUCAGGUUACACAGGAUGUAUCCCUAAACUGCAUGACUGUUCAGAUGGCUACUGACUUGCCAGUUGUUUGCCAUCCAUUAGCAUAUUUAUUUGCUGUUCUCAACACAUGUUAAGGUACAACUGUGCUUUUCUCGAUGGUAUCUAAAAACCAUAGUACUUAAUUCCAACAGUUGUGAAGAUGUCUCUUAGUUGUGUAAAGAAUCCGUGUCAUCACUUCAGCUGAUUUCCUCCUGUACAAGAUCUGACUUGACUGCUUCACCUCAUUGGACUCAUCAGCCAGUUUCAACUCUACUCCCAAACAAAAUUAGCUCCUCAAAAGUACUGUUCUCCUUCAGUGGCGUAUAGUUACCUAAUCAAGACACCUCAUUCAAAGUCUGCCUUUGGAAAAUUUAAUAUAUUUUAAAUUAUUUUAAAAGAAAUGCAACAUCUUAUCCUUUGGCUUUCUUACUAGGUGCUUUGUGGAGGCCUGUGUACCAUAUAUAAACGUGUAGAAAAAGCAGAGGAGUUUCUCCUCUGCCGCCUUUGUUGCUGAAAGAAAAACAUUUCAAGAUGAGAGGUUUUCAUUGAAGGAAAAAAGUUUAAACAUUUUGGCUCGCUGUUUCAUUUUUUCCAUUAAGGAACAAGAAAUCACCUUUUAAAACAAGUGAGUACAGGAGAGCUGGGAGUGGGUCGGGCAAAAUUUAAAUCUUGUGGCUGUCUUGAAAUACCAUAUACAGCAUAGUCCGAGAGGCUCUGGGCAGCUUCCUUAAAAAGAUUCCCCCAUCCUCCCCAUUAGCUUCAAACUUUGCUGUCCCCCUUGGGCAGCAAGUCCUGCGUGAGUGAUGGGCAUAACCACUUCUCUUGGUGGUGUAAGAACUGGACAUCUUUGCAAAGAAAUAGCCUCCAAAGAAAGCUGAUUCUGUGAUAUCAGUGAUGGAGGAGGCUUUUUCAUAUGAAUGCAGGUUGAACAAGUCAGUGUCUGUAAGUGGCUAAGGAAGGAGUCACUGGUUAACAUGUCAAGCUGCUUUAUUUUUACUGGGAAGUACACCAUCAUUAGUGCGGCAUAAAUGCGCGAGGGUAAACUGCUCCACUUGUACACGAGUCCUAAUCCUUUCAGCAGCUGCACUUUAGGGUCAGGCUUACUCUCCUGUGCCCCAGGUUAGACAAGUCAUGUUGGAUGAUCUUUGGCCCCAGUGGCAUCAGUUAAAACAAAUGUUUUCUCUGCUCUUCACACUACAAUUAGGAACCUGCUAGCAACUUCUUCAAGAGAAAUAAAAAGGCCAGUUUUUAAAGUAAGAAAGUUGAGUGCAUUUUAUAAGAGUAUAAUAGUUUGGGCCAGAAACCCAUUAACACCUAUUUAAAGUAGAUGGAGAUGGUGCCACAGAUUAGAUUUAUAAACAGUUCUGGAGAAGUUCUUUUUACCUUGAGUUAGAAGAUCCUUGGACCAUAUUAGAUUUGAAAGCCUGAUGUUCCAAAUGGCAUAGGCCAGUUUCCAGUCAUCCAAGCAACUGAAAGGUAGAAAGCCUUAAUUAAGGCUUUUGCUUUUUUCCUGCCUUAUAAAACACAAAUGGGCAGUGCAGUAAGAGAGCUGUACAUUAAAAAUGUUUUGGGAGUU